AUGUCCUCUGUAGAAGCUCCGUAUGAGGUGGAACAUGUUCCACUAGGAACACACCGGCCAAUUCGCGUGGUUUGUAUCGGGGCCGGGUACUCAGGGCUGAUGAUGUCUAUCAUCGCUAAAGAAAGAAUGCAGCAUUGUGGUGUCGAUUUUCGAGUCUACGAGAAGAACACCGACCUGGGGGGUACAUGGCUAUUAAAUCGAUACCCCGGCUGCCAGUGUGAUAUUCCUUCCCAUAACUAUGCCUACAGUUUCGAUCCCAACCCAGAUUGGCCGGGCUACUAUGCGAGCUCGGAGCAAAUCUUUGACUACAUGAAACAGGUGUCAAAGAGGCAUGGUUGUGAUGACCUGUUCGCAUAUGGUCAUGAAGUCGUAUCAGCAAAAUGGGAUGAUGUCGCUGGGGUGUGGAAUCUGGUUGUGAAGGCGGAUGGUGUGGAGCUUGAUGAUUACUGCCACGUUCUUAUCAACGCUUCUGGUGUUCUGAAGUCUGUCUUCAAUUUUCUAUCAAGCUUUCCUUCGCAGUUCCGUGGAUCAGUAAUUAACUGGAAAUGGCCCAACAUCCCCGGCAUAGAGACCUAUCAAGGCAAACUAAUGCAUUCAGCCGAAUGGGACACGUCAUAUGACUAUAGUGGCAAACGUCUAGCAGUUAUUGGGAUUGGGUCGUCGGGGAUACAGAUUCUUCCCCAAGUGACAAAAGCUGCAAACCACAUUGAUUACUUUAUUCGCUCCCAGACCUGGAUCAGCCCUGCCCGUGGUAUAAAUGAGGCCCAAGACGGCGAUCCCGAGCUCGAUGAACAGUACAAUUACGUCUCAAAUGAGAUCAAACGCUUCCACGAAGACCCCGAAUAUCUGCUAGGCCACCGCAAGGCGCUAUCCAACCGUCGCAUUGAUGAAUUUAGAGCCUCACUCGCAGGCCCCGAGGUUCUGGACGGGGUUAAAAAGAGCUAUGUGGUGUCAAUGUUGGAGAGACUUGGAAAAGGCGAGAAAGGCCAGAGAUUAGCGUCGCUUAUUAUUCCCGAAUUUCCAGUCGGUUGUCGCAGGCUGACUCCCGGCCAAGGCUUCUUAGAGGCAAUGGUGAGAGAGAAUGUCGACACUCAUUGGAAUGACCUGGACCGAAUCACGGGGGAAGGAAUCAUCCUUCGCAACGGACGCACUCUGCUCGUGGAUGCCAUUAUAUGUGCAACUGGAUUUGACACAACCUUCAAACCUCGCUUCCCCAUUAUUGGUCAGAAUGGAGUAAAUUUAGCUGAAAAGUGGGACAAGGAGGAUCCAGACGCUUACUUCGGGAUUACUGUUCCGCAGAUGCCGAAUUAUUUCUGCUUCAUAGGACCAAAUAGCCCCGUUUCCAAUGGCUCCCUUGUACAGGCCAUUCAGAUGACGGGUGUCUAUAUAUAUAACUGCAUAAAAAAGCUGCAAACGCAGGGCGUUAAAUCGAUGACAGUGACUGAGGAAGCUGUCGCUGACUUGAAUGAACACUCCCAGGCCUGGCUCAAAGAUACAGUUUGGGCGGCUCCAUGCCGAAGCUGGUAUAAGCGGGGCACGACGGACGGCCGCAUUGUGGGUCUUUACGCCGGCAGCUGCUACCAUUUUGCAGAGGCGCUGCGGCAUCCCCGUUGGGAGGACUAUAACCUAGAAUACCUUCAACAAAACCGUUUCCAUUACCUGGGUAAUGGGCUUACCCUGCGCGAGCAGAGGAAGGAAGAAGUGAGUGACACACAGACCUUGGACUUUGACUCGUAUUGGAGGCUGUUUAUCCUUCCUGAUAUACACACAUAA